GGCCACCUUUCCUUUCUAAGGUUCUUGCUCUAUUAUUACAUCCCCAAAGCUUUAUUUCUGGACUCGAGCUAUCUUCUUCCAUCUUGGCUAUUUAUUCCACUCCCCCAAAGGUUUCUUAUUCAUUUUCUCACUCCUCAUUGUCAUCUCGCAAGUAGUCAGAGACCGCCCUAGUCUUUCAUAAAACACCAUACCCAGAAAUGUUCUGAUUUGUGUCUCCAACAGCAUCUGUUUUCCACUUCAUCCUACUACAUUUAACACUGCUUCAUCCUCCUCCGAUCACUACGGUUUGCUUUGGUCAUAUUUCCAAAGACCUCACUUCUCGAUCAAGUGGCUUACAAGCUGCGGUGCACCAUGACGGAAGCCGACACGGCUUUUACCACUGGAGCCAAACGUGACUUUCAUGUGCGGCAUCGACAUGUCGCAAAUACGGGAACGACAGUAGAGAAACCCAGUUCUUCUCCAGUCGACAAUGACAGAAAUAAGACUACGGUCGAGUCCAAUUCUCUUCUUCGCGCCCUCAAAACCUGGGAACCUGUGAUUGCUCCAGUGAUUCUGACCCUUAUUUCUAUGAUUACCCGGAUGUAUCGAAUUGGUCUCUCAAACAUUGUUACGUGGGAUGAAGCACACUUCGGCAAGUUUGGCUCCUACUAUCUGAAGAGGGAAUUCUAUUUCGAUGUCCACCCACCUUUAGGGAAAAUGUUAGUUGGUCUAUCAGGUUACCUCGCCGGUUACAACGGGUCUUUUGAAUUCAAAUCAGGAGAAAGGUAUCCAGAAGAUGUCAAUUACACUUUUAUGCGUGUUUUCAAUGCCGCAUUUGGGGUUGCCUGCGUGCCUCUCGCAUAUUAUACCUCUCGCGAACUCAACUUUCGAAGAGCAACUGUCUGGCUUAUUAGCCUGAUGGUUUUAUUUGAGAAUUCAUAUGCGACGAUCUCGCGGUUUAUACUACUUGAUUCUAUGUUGCUCUGCUUCACAUUUACGACAGUUUUGUGCUGGGCUAAAUUUCAUCAGCUGCAGCAUGUCAGCUUCUCAGCUGAGUGGUUCACUUGGCUCUUCCUGACUGGGUUGAGUAUUGGUUGUGUUUGCAGCGUGAAGUGGGUUGGCGCCUUCUGUACUGCAAUGGUAGGCCUGUACACUAUCGAGGAUCUAUGGAACAAGUUUGGGGAUCUUAGGCUACCAGCGGUUCGUUUUCAACUAUAUUUGGGAGGUUUGGGAAUACACUAACCACUUCCGAUGCCCCAACAGAGGAUUUUCAUGAAACACUUAGUGGCACGUGUUCUAGGUCUGAUCAUUAUUCCCAUUUUGGUCUACAUGUCUUCAUUCUAUCUACACUUCUUGAUUCUUGAAAAUAGUGGCCCUGGGGAUGCACAAAUGAGCUCCCUUUUUCAAGCAAAUCUCAAGGGUACAGAAGUUGGGAAGGAUAGUCCCCUUGAGAUUGCAAUUGGAUCAAGGGUCACAUUAAAAAACAUGGGCUAUGGUGGUGGGCUACUCCAUUCACAUAUCCAGACUUACCCUGAAGGGUCCACCCAGCAACAGGUUACUUGUUACCACCACAAAGAUGCAAACAAUGACUGGUUUAUCUAUCCUAACCGCGAUGAACCGGAAUUCGACCCUGAUGGCCCCUUAAAAUUUGUCGGACAUGGUGAUGUCAUUCGUCUUAUUCAUGGCCAGACAGGACGGAAUUUACAUUCUCACGCUAUCUCCGCACCGGUCAGCAAGUCCCAUUACGAAGUAUCAUGCUAUGGUAACACCACCAUUGGUGACGACAAGGACCAUUGGAUGGUGGAGGUAGUCAGUGAUACAGCAUCAAAGGACAGAUCAAAAGUCCGAACUCUCACGUCUGCAUUUCGGCUUCGACAUCCUGUCUUAGGAUGCUACCUGCGAGCCGGUAACGUCAAUUUACCUCAGUGGGGUUUCAAGCAGAUUGAAACCACAUGCGUUAAAGAGAAUAAGCCUAGUGAUGUCUACACCCACUGGAAUGUUGAAUCUCAUACUAAUGAACGACUUCCCCCCGGCAAACCAGACUCAUAUAAAUCCCCUUUUCUGAAAGACUUCGUGCACCUUAAUGUUGCCAUGAUGACAUCUAAUAAUGCUCUGGUACCGGAUCCAGAUAAGCAGGAUGAUCUUGCUUCGAAAUUCUGGCAGUGGCCAAUCUUGCAUGUUGGCCUUCGCAUGUGCUCUUGGGACGACAACACUGUUAAAUACUAUCUACUCGGCAAUCCAUUUGUAUAUUGGGGAAGCACGGCCAGCUUGGGCAUCUUUGGGGUAUUGUUUCUCUGGUACCUCAUCCGCUGGCAGCGAGGCUACAAUGAGCUCACUAGAGCGGAUAUGAACCAUAUCCACUACUCUGGCCUAUAUCCCAUAAUCGGAUGGGUUUUGCAUUAUGUCCCAUUCAUCGUCAUGGCAAGGGUUACAUAUGUUCAUCAUUAUUACCCUGCCCUUUACUUUGCUAUUCUGACUCUGGGAUUUUGUAUCGAUUGGUUUACGCGCCACGUAAAUGCCACGGCCAAUUGUGUAAUAUAUGCAACCCUCUACACAAUCGUCAUUGGAUUGUUCGUCUACUUUCGGGCUAUUGUGUUUGGCAUGGAGGGCCCCAGUCAACAGUGGGCACAUUUGAAUUGGUUGAGUGGAUGGCGGAUUGCAAACUGACAUUCAUAACUAGCGCCAUUGUAGUUUCAUUCUCCUAAAAAUUGCAGUCUUCUUAUUGUUCUACAUAAUUGUUUGUUCUCCCAUUGUAUAUCUCUGAAUGUCGUAGAAUCAGUGACUACAGAAUUCAGCUGAGGCCGAUAAUUAAAAGUG